CGCAAAUCACUUUCUAUCUGCACAACGACUGCAACAAUCCCGACAUGGAGGAAGACGACGAUGACUUUUACGGUGGAGGAGGAGAUGGUGGCGAAGGUGAUGAGGGUGCGGAGCGGGAAGACCAGAUGGAGACCAAGGAAGAGGCCAAGGACGACAUGGACGUGUCCGAGGAUGGGGCUGAAGACGACGACGAUGAAGACGACGACGACGACGAUAGUGACGACGACGUUCAAUUCACGCUAGAACGACCGGACGGCGCCAAAGCAGAACCGCCGCCGGGAUCGAAAGCAGCUAAGGCACAGAAGAAGGAGGGCACUUCUAAGGCUGUCAAGCUCGAAGCGGAUCAGAAUAAUAGCGCGAAGAGAGACAACAGGGAGGGCGCGCCCCGAGCGGGCUCAGCAGCACCGCCCACUGGAGGGGGCACGACGCCGACACCCACAGCGGCGCCCGCAGCCGUCAAAGGCUCUUUGACGCACAACGGCAGAGAGGGCAAAGACUUCCCGGCAGUGCGCACCAGUUCGCUCCAGGUCGAUCAGAUCCCCACGUGGACCAAUGGCAAGCCCAUCAUUGCAGUCGACAUCGACGCCGAUCUUGCAGAGCACUCCAAGCCCUGGCGGUUACCGGGCACCGACCAGACGGACUACUUCAACUACGGCUUCGACGAAUACACGUGGACGCAAUACUGCGUGCGCCAGCAGACUAUGGGUGGUACCAUUACCCAGCUCAAGCAAGAUGAUGCACAAAUGAAAGCCUUGUUUGGUGCGGGCGGAGCAUCAGGAGGUGGGGGUGUUGGCCAGCAACAACAGACUGUGGCCCUGCCCAUGCCGGCGCCGGCAAUGGUAGAAAUGGCGCAACAAAUGAAUGUGCCGGUCGAGUUUGUCCAGCAGAUGAUGCAGAACGGUGGUAUGCCCCCAAUGGGUGGCCCUGGGAUGGGCGGACAGCAAGGGUAUGGUCAGCAAGUCGGAGGCUUUGGAAAUGACACUGGCGCAUCACCGCAGCCGCAAGCUGGCCAAGGGUUUCAGCCCCCAUCUGGUCCCGGCGCGGGACAGCAGGGUGGAAUGAGUAUGGAAGGGCUGAGCCCACAACAAAUGGCCAUCUACCAACAAGAGCAGCAACAGCAGAUGGGGGGAGGAGGGCAUCGAGGCGGGAGAAAUCGGAGAGGGAGGUGGUAGGAGCACUGUUCCCGAGUUACACGCUUCACAUGGUACGCAAUGCUGCGAUGCGUGUGAUAUUGACAUGUUUUGGCCUAGAAGGCUUCAGCCAGGAGCUUCGUGAGAUUAAUGCCAAGAAAUUGCCCUCGAGCGGGCGUGAAAGAUUCUCUUCGAACGUGUUUGUUCGCUUUGUCAAAGCAAACGUGGUGAAAUCUGUACUGCCAUUGCGCUGAUUGGAACUUUCAGGAAAACAACCGCGAACAUGUCCAGUGACAUGAAAGAGAGAUCUUGCGGCUGGAAGAACGAGGACUGGGAUAGGCUUGAGUGUUGCUGAGAUAUGUUUGUCCCCAGGAAUCACAGAGAAGGAAUUCUGACAGCAGCAUCAUGCUGCUUCUGAGACGUG